GAAUAUUAAAACACUUCGUUUUGUGUUCCCAAAGCUUUUUCCGUACCUUAUAUGGUUUUCAAAUUAUCUGUGUUGCGUCUGGCUCAAAACAAACGCAGCCAGACCAAAACGUCAACGAAAGCUGACGGACUAAGCGCUCUGACAUGCCACGUGUGUGGAAGAGAAAAACUACAACUCCCAUGAGGCUGUGUGGCCGCGCGACCCACAACUCCCAGCAUCCUCUGCGAACCUGAAAGGUGUCGGGGUGGUAGGCGCAGCGUUACGGCGGCGAAAUGUUUGCGGAAGCUGUGGAGAAGAAGUUGCUAUUAGGGAUAGCAGCCACUGAGGAGGGGCCCGAGGCCCCGACUGAACAGCAGGAUGUCGCACGCGGCCUGGAGAACUUGCCUGUGAGCUGGUGGCCCCCAGAGGUGGAGCCGGCGCCUUUCCAGUAUACUCCUGAUCAUGUCAUUGGACCUGGAGCAGACACUGAUCCCACUCAAAUAACCUUUCCUGGAUGCAUUUGUCUCAAAACUCCAUGCUUCCCUGAUACUUGCUCCUGUCUCCGUCAUGAGGAGAACUAUGAUGAUAAUUCAUGCCUCAGAGAUAUAGGAUUGGAAGGAAAGUAUGCCCAGCCAGUUUUUGAAUGCAAUACCAUGUGCCAGUGCAGUGACCACUGCAGAAACAGAGUGGUCCAGAGGGGUCUGCAGUUCCACCUCCAGGUGUUUAAGACAGAUAAAAAAGGCUGGGGACUACGGACCUUGGAAUUUAUACCAAAAGGAAGGUUUGUCUGUGAAUAUGCUGGUGAGGUUUUAGGGUUCCCUGAAGUGCAGAGAAGAAUUCAAUUACAAACGGUACAUGAUUCGAAUUAUAUUAUAGCCAUCAGGGAACAUGUUUAUAAUGGACAGGUAAUGGAAACAUUUGUUGAUCCUACUUAUAUAGGAAAUAUUGGAAGAUACCUUAACCAUUCUUGUGAACCAAACCUGUUAAUGAUUCCUGUCCGAAUUGACUCCAUGGUACCUAAGUUGGCCCUGUUUGCAGCCAAAGACAUUUUGCCAGAAGAAGAACUCUCUUAUGACUAUUCAGGAAGAUUUCUUAACCUGAUGGACAGUGAAGAUGGCGAGAAGCUAGAUAAAGGAAAAACAAGAAAACCUUGUUACUGUGGUGCCAAAUCGUGUACUGCUUUCCUGCCUUAUGACAGUUCACUGUACCACCCCUUAUAAAAGCCAGUCAUCAAUUAGGAGGGAGAAGUAUAGGAAACAUACAUCUGGCCUCCAUCAGUGGAUGAGAAUAAGAGGGAACCAAGCGUGUAUGGCUCAGUCCCUUCUGGGUUCCCCCUCUUGCAAGCAGCUUAUUCUUGAGGUAAGUUUCUGCUCUGUGGUAAGCAGCUUGCCUCUCUCUAUAGGUGAGGCCAGUGGUUAUCUAGCUGUGCCUCUGCCUGGCUGCCUAAGUUUAACUUGAGUAUGGCAGGGCAUACAAGUUGUCCAUCAAUAUUCUUCCUCCCCUUUUAUAAUAGACUUCUCAGUUUUUAGCUGGGUGUAUGACUCCCCAGAAUACUCACAUAGUUAGAUGUCGCUAAGUGAUUAUGUUCUAGCUAAUGGGGUAUAAGCAAAAUGGUGUGUCCUUAAGUGAAGAUACCCUGCCCUUCUCUUUCUUCCUGUUGGCUGGAAUGUAUACAUGAUAGCUGGAGCUGGAGCGGCCAUCUUAGAUCCCAAAAUGACCCUGGGAAAGGAAGUCACGUAUAACAAAUCAUAGAAAGAAGUCUGGGUGCCUGGUACUAUGGAACAAUCUCCCAGUCCUGAAUUGCCUCCUCUGGACUUCUAAGUGAUAUUGCUAAGAAGUAGGCUCCCCCUUGUUUCAUCCACUGUUGUUUUGAGUUUUCGACCACUCACAUUGAACCUAAUCAUAAUGAUCCAAGGGAAACCCUAGUGGCUUCAUACCAAAGCCCUGCUUCCCAAUCAGUUUCAUCAAAAAUAAAGCUAAUAUUUUUAUUUCUCUCUGUCUGACUCCUGCAUCUUAUUUCUUGUUUAUUUCUAAAUAUUGAGCAAGGGAAAAGGACAUGAUUAUCACCCACUAAAACCCUAAUAAUUACCACCAAUAGUGAAGAAUAUAGCCGUGAGAAUGACUUCCAUGUAUGUAACCAAAAAUCAUAAAAGGAAACACAUUGUAAAAUUUGCAUUAUAUACUUGGCUAGACUCUGAAGCAUGUGAAGUCAUGCUUCAAAACUUUAAACAGCCUUAUAUCUUUGUGUAUUAAUAACAUGAAAAUAACACUGUCAACAUCAUAGAGACAAGUUUUAUAGUCCCCAUUUCAACCGGAGAGGCAAACAUCUCUAGCUUC